ACACACACACACACACACACACACACACACACACACACACACACACACACACACACACACACAAUCUUGACGAUACAAACAAUAUUAAAAAAAAAAAGAAAAUAAAAAGAAACAAGAAAAUAAAUAUAAACUAAAAAUAAGACAGAAGGAAAUAAAGAAUUAAAUAAUAAAAAAAAGAGAGAGAGAGAGAGAGAGAGAGAGAGAGAGAGAGAGAGAGAGAGAGAGAGAGAGAGAGAGAGAGAGAGAGAGAGAGAGAGAGAGAGAGAGAGAGAGAGAGAGAGAGAGAGAGAAUGGAUAAACGAAAGAGAGAAAAAUAGAGAAAAGACUGAAAAACGCAAAUAAAAGAAAGUAAAUGAAAACAAAAUAAAAAAAUGAAUGAGGGAGGAAGAACAAAUUGAUAAGAAAGAGAGAGAGAGAGAGAGAGAGAGAGAGAGAGAGAGAGAGAGAGAGAGAGAGAGAGAGAGAGAGAGAGAGAGAGAGAGAGAGAGAGAGAGAGAGAGAGUGUACCCAACCACUUACCUCCUAACUCACACCCAUGCCUGACACUCACGCCCACGCCCACGCCUGCAGCUCUCUCAGGUGGUGAUGGGCGGGCGCGGCGUGGUGGCGGCGGCGGUGGUGGUGGCGGCGUGGGCUGUGGGCGCGGGUGGCGUGGGCGGGUGGCGGGCGGAAGGUGGGCGGGCUGGAAACAAUAGCCGCCCAUUAGAGUCACUCAAUGUCCUUACCGCGCCCCUGCCCCCUCGCGAGGACACCCCCUUCACGCCCCUAGACCUCCACAGACACGCCCUUGAGGGACUGACGCACCCCCGGGGCCGCCAAGACAGGUACACACAGGGGAGUCACGGUACAGGGGGCGGCGAUCCCUCCAAAGCACCCCCGAGGGAAGGGCUUGACGAAUGGAGGCGAGGCAGAGGGCGGGGGCGCUGGCAGGGGCGCCGCGAUGUCCCUGAUUAUGAGAUACUAGAGGAGGAGGUGCUGCAGGGUGUGGACAGUGGGGACCCUCACGCCCUCCUGCCGGACCCCACGGGCGCGGCGGUGGCGGUGCUGGCGCGGCGGCUGCACCACGCGGCCAUCCGCCACCGCAAUGGCCGUAGAAACUUUAUCCGCACGAGGAAAUCCCCGAAAAUGAGGCCACGAUCAGAACCUGACGAUGCGGCGGCCGGGGAGGCGCUGCAGACAGCGUGGCAGCACCCCGCACUGCGCCACCAGGACGAGGAGCUGGAGGGGGAGGGGGAGGGGGAAGAGGAGGAGGAGGAGGAGGAGGAGGGGGACGUACAUGAAGAGGAGCAGCUCAUUGAGGCCACCGCCAGCAGCCUCCCGUGGUCCUCCGGCGCCCCUAACCUUGAGAAUAAGUUCCGUGCCAUGGGUGACUUGGUGCCCACGGGGUUGGCGGGCACGGAGGAUGCCGGGGAGGGCGGCGCGGGGGAGCAGGACGCGUGGGGCGGCCAAGAGGAAGCGGACGUGGAUGUGGUGACCAAAUUCCUGCGGAUCGUGGAGUCACAACACCUACUGGGCGAGAACUGCACCAAGGGCACGGACUUCCACCUGGGCGAGGGCGUGGUGGACCGCUACGCCCAGGAACGCUUCAGGCUGGAGGGGGAGAUCGCCGUGAACCGCGCCAACCUGUACACACGCCUAUGGAAGUACUCGCCGUCGCAGGUGCUGGCCUCUGAGUACCUCCUGCACGCCGAGGUUCUGACGAUGGUGGAGCUGGACGAGGACAUCUUCGCUGCCGGGAACUGCUACGACAAGUUUGAGUACGAGGACUACCUCUUGUACUGCCCCUUCGCCUACCGCCUGCCGGAGGGGAACAUACUGGUGAAGGACCUGGCUGUGGAGUACAAGUAUCUGUCCAACACCUCAGAGUGGUUUUUCAUCGCCAGGAAGAACGCAGAGAGGGCAAUUAACAACUAUACGCACCUGACGAAAGGCUACCACACCUACACGUGGAACAACACGGCGCACACGGCAAGAGUGGAGGAGGAGAUUCUGUCUGUCACGUAUGAUGACGGCAGGUGGAGCAAGCCUUACUUCGACUGUGGUGGAGGGAAUAUAUGGAUGAUGACUUUUACGGUGCCCUUCUUCGGCUACUCCAACGGGUCCUAUUACUUCAAAGGCACCAGUGGUAUAGAUAUUGACUUGAGGCGCGUUGAUAUAGACCAGUGCCCCCUUCCGCCCGGGUCAACCGCCCUUAACAUCUUCGCCAACUCUGAUAAGUGCAAGAAAAAGACAACUAAGUGUGUGACAAUCCCUGGCCUUGGGUUCAGGCGUGGGAGCUAUCGGUGUGACUGCAGGGUGGGCUUCUACUUCCCAGACACCUCCUCUCCCAGGAAAUAUUUCAACGGCUCUGUCAUUGAGGAGGAAUACGAGAAGAAGAUUAUGGGCGAGUUCUCUACAUACGAAGAGGAGGGCAGCUUCGAAUGCCUGCCGUGUGCCGAAGGGUGCGAGAGUUGUGAGGACGGCAGCCCCUGUGUGGUGUCCCUCAACUGGGUGAUGCGAGCCGCCAUCCUUGCGCUCUCCAUCAUCAUCAUUCUCUGCCUGCCCAUCGUUGUCUUCUUCACCUGGAAAUUUGGCAAUGUGAAGGUGGUGAGAGCAGCCAGCCCAGCUCUUCUUCGCAUCAUCCUCCUCGGCGCCUUCUUUCUCUACUCCACGACGUUGGUGUUAUAUCCAAUCCCUUCCAUGGUGACUUGCAGCUUGAGAGUGUGGCUUAGAGAAGUCGGGUUUUCUCUCUCCUACGGUGCACUGAUGCUGAAGACUUGGAGAAUCUCCGUUAUUUUCCGUGUGAAGAGUGCCAAGGCGGUGAAGAUAACAGACCUGGAUUUAAUGAAGAGGCUUGGUGUCAUUGUGGGUGUCUUCGCUGUGUUCCUCGCCAUCCGCACUGUGGUGGCGCCUCCCCAGGUAAUCGUUUCAAUGACAGCUGAUGACCUGAAAGCCUUCCUGUGCUCUACUGAUUGGUGGGAUCACGUGUUUACCGCGAUGGAGAUCCUGUUCCUUAUAUGGGGGAUCCGCCUGUGCAUCAUGGUGAGAAAGGCGCCCUCGGAGUUUAACGAGUCAAAAUUUAUAUCAAUGGCGAUUUAUAAUGAGUUUAUUUUGUCUCUCUUCCUCAACGUGUCCAUGUUGUUUCUCAAGUCCCCAGCAGAUCCGGACUUGUUGUUUAUCAUUUUCUUCUGCCACACUCAACUCACUAUCACGCUGCUUAUCGCCCUCAUCUUCGGCAGCAAGGUGUAUCUGGUGUUAAAGGGGCAAGGGAAGGGCGAGGACAGCAUGAGCAUGACCAAACCUAUGGCUGCAAAGUUCCUGCAACGCUCCCACGCCCCCAACCACCUCCACACCGCCUCGUCUGACAAUGUGGACAUGCAGGAGGAGUUCCGGCGCGUGUACCUGCAGCUGGAGGCGCUGAAGGACAAGUACCAGAGGAACGGCAACAGAAACAUGGUGCUCAUCCUGACGGCGAUGCAGCAGGCGGCCAACACCUCCAUGGCCCCCGGCACGCCCACGCCCACGCCCACGCCCAUCACAGCAGCGGUGGUGGCGGAGAAGAACGGGGGAGCCAGCGGGAGGGGCAGAAGGAGGAGCGGCGGGGGAGCAAGAAGGAGCGACGGUGCAGUGACGGUGUCGUGAUGCGGCCCCACGUGAACAACAUCCUGGCCUCCGUCACGGACAAGAUCGUGUGCGCCACUUUCCAGGAGGAGCUGAGGGGCGCCGUGGAGCAGGAGGCGCUCAGUAAACCAGCUGGAGGACCAGGUGGGGGUGUGGGUGGAGGGAGGGAUGCGUGUGUCCUGAGGCGAACGAAAUCCAGAGGCGCGGCGGCGGACGGCAGGGAGCGGCGGAGAGAAGAUUUCUUCCCCAGCCUGGAGGGCGUGGGAGGCUUGGAGGGCAGCACGGGUCGCAGCCUGCCCGCCACGCCCUGCUCGCCGCUACCCCCCAGCAGGACUGCCUCAGCGUGACCAGCCGCGGGGACAAGGCCAAGAAACACGCGGCAGGCUCAGACCAGUCCAACACAGGCGGCUCGUCACUCACAAGCCGGAGUGACAGCACCCAGUCAGACCACUCAGGCCCCUGCAGGACGCCGCUACAGCUUGGCUACCGUAAUGCUGAGUUCCUGCUGCGGAAAAGCGUGUCUUCUGAGCUGACUGAGAGGGUGUGUCGCUCUCUUGAGUACCUGGAUGAGGGCGGCGGUUCAAGAGGCCCCGGGAGCACGCCGCUGGGCACUGAAGAGGAUCCAAGCUUAGAGGACAGGUCGGUGAGGUCCGCCCACUCUACCCCGCGCAGGUCCCAAGGCAGGAGGUUCAGGGAGGUGCGCGACCCGGAGAGAGCCCGCGCGUUCAUCUUGUACAGUUUAAGCGAUCGCGCGACCCUGACGGAUGAAGUAACGGUCUAGCAGUGAAGGGAGUGACGCGUGUGGAGUCAGUGUGGAGCGUACUCUGAGCCACUUCUGCGCCACGCCUCCACUACUUCCCAAAGGCUCUAGUUGAUGUGGCGCGGGUUUUCAAGGGUGUUUUUACGGUUCCGGUGAUAGAUUAACAGGAGAAACAAUAAGUGACACGGGUUUUUAAGGGUGUUUUUACGGUUCUAGUGACAAAUUAACAAGGUUUCUACAUUAUGAACAAGAGAAACACUCUUGAGAACUCGGCUAAUCAUCUUUGUGGCCUUGGAAAACAGUCGUGGAGAGAGAGAGAGAGAGAGAGAGAGAGAGAGAGAGAGAGAGAGAGAGAGAGAGAGAGAGAGAGAGAGAGAGAGAGAGAGAGAGAGAGAGAGAGAGAGAGAGAGAGAGCGGAGUGUUUCAGGAUAUAAGACCAUAUUCAUUACUGCCUCACUUCACUAUCUCCAAUGUGUGUGUGUGUGUGUGUGUGUGUGUGUGUGUGUGUUUGCAGUGCCGUGAGGGGAAGAUAAUGACAUGAAGGUCGUUUGGCAGUGACGGGCAGUGAUGGACAGUGACUAUGUGUUGGUGCUGACGUACUGUUCUGCUAGUGACUGGAAAAGUAGUAGUAGUAGUAGUAGUAGUAGUAGUAGUAGUGUAGGGGUAACAGUAGUAGCAAUAGUAGUGGUGGUGAUGGAGAUGGUGUUUGUAGUAGUAGUAGUAGUAGUAGUAGUAAUAGUAGUAGUAGUAGUAGUACCCACAGCCCAGGACAAACUAUUCAGAUUUCCUCCCUCUCCAAGUGGUAUGCGGAAAGAAGGAAAAAGAACAGAAAAAAUACAGAAAAUAAUAAAGAAAAACGAAAACGAAAAUAAGAACCGUACAAACAAAAAAAAAAAGAAAAAAGAAAUGAAACAAAUCGAUAAGAAAAAAAUUCUUGAAAUAAAUGAAAAAAAAGGGGUCAUACAAAAUUUGACCCAAUUAACUCAGAAAUAGGAGGAAAGUACUUGAGGAAAACACUACUUAAGAGGAAAAUAAUGAGGAAAAUUCUGGACCGGUCAUCACCUAUAUGGAAAAAAAAAACGAAACAAUUUAAAACAGACAACUUGAAAAGGAAGAAAAAAGUAAAGUGAAUUGAAAUGAAAAAUGAAAACGGGAAAAAUAAAAGGUAAUCAAGCGAACAAAAGGAAAAAAAAGGAAAAAAUUAAGAUAAGAAAAACGAAAAAAAGUAAGAAGAAUUUAAAUGAAAAAUUAAAUAUGGGAAAAAUAUCAUAAUUAAGCGAAGGAAAGGGAAACAAGGAAAAAAAAAAGGAGAUAAUGACGGCAUAAAAAGGAAAGAAAUGAAAAAAGGAAAAGAAAAAAGGAAGAAAAGGAAAAGGAAAGUGAAGAAAGUUUAAAUUUAAAAAAGGAAAAAAUAAGAGAACAAAAGGGAAAAAAAAGGAAAAAAACAAUAAAUUAUGUAAAUAAGAGAGGAAAAAAUAUGUUAAAACUUUGAAAGAAGGAAAAAUUAAAAAAAGAUAUUGAGACAAAAAGAAAAAUAGAAAAAUAAAGGAAAAUAAAGGAAAAAACAGUAUGGAAUAUAAGGUUGAGAAAACAGAAAAAAAGAAAAAAGUAGGAAAAAUAUGAAACGAAUGAAGAAAAACAGAUGAACAAUGAAAAGAAACAGGGAAGAAAUUAAUACGAAUGAAAAAUAAUGAAUAAGAUAAUGAUCAAAGAGGAAAAAAGGAAAAUACAAGAAAGGAAAAUAUAAAAAAAUAGGAAAAUAAGAACUUUAGAGUCUUAAGAGAAUGAUGAAAGUGAUCAAGGAAAAAUAUAAAAAUAAGGACUAGGGAAAAAUACGUGGAGGAAAAGUAAGAAAUUUUGAGGCUUUGGGGAAAAAUUAUUGGAAGAUGAAAUGAUAGGGGAAAAAAAGAGUCAUUUUCACGUAACCUUCUGUAUUUUCACCCUAGUCAAAAGAAAUAGGGAAAAUAAGUUUAGGGUAAAAAAAAUAAGGAAAGAAAAGUAGGGAAAUUUUUUAGGCUGUAGGGAAAAAAAUAGGGAAAAAAAGGAUAAAUUUAACAUAUUCUGCAUUUUCACCCUAGACAAAAAGUAAAGAAAAAAUAAAGAAAAAAAUAAUCAUAGGAAAAAAAAAACUUAAGUAUAGGAAAAACAGGGAGAUUUAAAGGGCUGUGGGGGAAACAAAUAGGGAAGAACGUUAGAGGUCUAGGGAAAAAAAGGGUAAACCUCAUGCAUUCUGUAUUUUCACCCUAGAUUUCACCCUAGCUCUUAGAAAGUAGCCGGUUAAUUUCUCCUCCAAGUCUUAACGCUUACCAAUUAAAACUUUGCUGAAAAAAAGAAAGCAUUAGGGAUUAAAGCAUAAAUUCGUGUAUUUCUUUUGUAUAUCUGUAUAUAAGUCAAGUAUACAUUAAUACAAAUAAUGCUUGGGAGGUUUUUUGGCGUUAAGGAAAGAAAUUAAUAGAGAUUUUAACGGCAAGAAUAUUAAUAUUAAAUCUUUUUGUAUGUAUGUAUAUAGAACCAGAAAUUUUCAGAUAUAUUAAUAAGUAAUGUUUAUGAAGGAAGUUUCUGGUGUUAGGAAAGAAAUUACUAGAGAUUUUAAUGACACAAGUAUUAAAUCAUUUUGUAUGUAUGUAAAUAAAACCAGAAAUUCUCAAAUAUAUCAGUAAAAAGUGAGAUUCUGGGAUUUAGAAAGAAAGAAUUAGAGAUUUUAAAGACGAAGGCAUUAAUAAUUUUUUGUAUGUAUGUAAAUAAACCAGAAACUCUCACAUAUAUCAAUAAAAAGUGAGAUUCUGGGAUUUAGAAAGAAAAAAUUAGAUAUAUGAAGGGCGAGAACAAUAUCACCUUUGUAUAUUUGUAAAUAGAUGAGAAACUUUCAAAUAUAUCAUUGUGUAAAUAAGGCAGAGUAUAUUAAUAGGAAAUGCUUACAAGGGAGACUUUGCGGCAUUAGGAAAGACAGUAUUAGACGUUUAAGAAUAAGAAUAAUAUUUUUUCGGGGCAUAUCUGUAAAUACGGGAAGGUUUUCAAAUAUACAAGUGAAUGCAAACAGAUGUUAUAAUAGCGAAAAAAAAAAGAAUAUUACGAAGAUGAUUUUAAGUGCUAUGAAGAAAAGUAUUAACAAUUUAUAGGUAAGAAUAAUGAAUUGGAUGAUACAUCUUUUUGUAUGUCUGUAUGAUGUGUAAAUAGGAAGAAAGGUUGCCAGUAUAUCAAUAGGUAGAAUACAAAGCAAAAAUACAUAAAUAGAAGCUGACAAGGAGUGUGUUUUGUGGCGGUGAGAGGAAAGUGUUGCACAGCUGACCUUAAAAUACUGACUUCUUUCUUUUUAUAUUUGUAAGUGAAGAGAAAAUUUAAAUAUAUCGGUAAGUAGAAUAUAAGAUGAGAGUACAUUAGUAAGAGCUGCCAAGUCCAGUAUUUUGUGGCGCUGAGAGGAAACAGAGAAUACGUUAAGAAUACAAAUAUAUUUCUUUUUAUAUCUGUAAGAAGGGAGAAAAAAAUUGAAAUAUAUGAAUAAGUAGAAAUGACUAAUGAAUAAUGCUUAUCAAGAGUUUAUGACGGUAAUAAAAUAUGCUAGAAAUAUAUUAGGAAUGUAAGGGUUAAAAUUAUAUAUUUCUCUUUGUAUUCGUAAAUAGAUUGAAAACAUUUCCAUAUAUCAUUAAAUAUAAAUAAAUCAAGAAUAUAUAUUAAAAAAAUUAUCACAAAAGUAUAUUAUAAAUUUAAGUGUUAAAACUGUACAUUUCUCUCUAUAUUUGUAAAUGGAUCGCAAGAUAUUUAAAUACAUCAGUAAGUAUAAGUAAAUAGAGAAUAUAUUAACAAAAAGGAGAAUCUAUGACGAAAAUAUAUUAUAAAUUUAAGGGUUAACAUAGAACAUUACUUUUUAAAUUUACUAGUCACGUGGAAAGGAUCAAUUUGUCACCUGCACGUUAAGGAAACCAAAGAGGACACUGACGGCUCUCCUUUACGCCCACCAGGGGGAGUUAUACAAUCUUAGUGGCAAAAAUAACGAUUAAUCUUUUGUAUCUAUGAACGGAAUGACACUUUACAAAUUAACUAUUAAUCUUUUUGUAUCCAGAAACGGAAUGGUACUUUAUAAAUUCGUUACUAAGACAAAAUUCACACGUAAGUUUUAAAUAUUCUGGUAAGAGGUGCCGGUGAGGUGUUAAAUUUAAAUAUUCUGGUAAGUUUAAAUUUAAAUAUUCUGGUAAGAGGUGCCGGUGAGGUGUUAAAACUCACACAUAAAUUGAGAAUAAAAAGUGCCAUAAAAAAAGAAAUAUAAAAAAGUUGCGAACGAAUUAUAUGUUGAUAAAAACUGCCAAUGGAAAUUCAAAAGUCACACAUAAAUUGAAAAUACACGGAGGAAAAUUGCCAGUGAAAAGUAAAAAAAUAAUCACGUCACACACGAGUGGAGAACAUAAUGAUGAAAAUUGCCAAUGAAAAAAAAAAAAGAAUAGCGGUGUGACAGAGAAUGAUAAAACUGAAGGAUGAAAAAAAAGAAUAGUCAUUUCUUUCUAUUCAUAUUUGUUAAGUCAGAAAUUUUAGAAAAGUGUCAAUUUGUUGGAAAAAAAAAACUAGUUAGACAAAAAAAGAAAACAAAGGUAGGAAUUUAAGAACAAGAAUAAAAAAAAAAGUGUCACAUUUCUACACAAUAAAAAAAAUAAAUAAAUAAAAUCGUUGCAAUAAAAGCAGAAACAUUACUAAUAGAUUCAAUAGAGAGAGUCAACAUUCAUACACCUCCUUGUCUGUAUGACUGUAAAUACUCUUAACUCAGAAAUACAGACCAGAAUCUGAAACAACAACAAUAUUCACACACCUUUCCCUUUAUAUCUGUUAAUAACUCAAAAAUACACAAACAAAACAUUCAGCAUUACAAAACCAAGGGCGUGCGAGGAAACAGUAUGACGUCACAGAGCCUCCGCCAAUCACGUGUGAGGCGUCAAGUCAGUGGCCAAUCAAAGGCAACCACAAUACUAUCACAGGCUGAACCAAUCAUCGUGCAAGGAAUGGUAGGCAAGUGAGGGCGAGGACCAAUAGGAAGCAAGAAACGGAGAUUGAUUCGUGACGUCACAAAAUUAAGUAGCUAAUAGCGUGACAGGGAAGUGUAAACAAUGCCACGAGGGAAUGUAAACAAGUAGGAAUGUAAACAAAGUGGGAAUGUAAGCAAAGCCACGUGGAAAUGUAAACAAAGACCACGUGGGGAUGUAAACAAAGACCAGGUGGGGAUGUAAACAAAGGCACGUGGCAAUGUAAACAAACAAAUCAGAAUGUAAACAAAACCACGUGUUAAAAAGUAAAUAAAUCAAACAAACAAACAAACAAACACCACACGGCAAACAGCUGACGGUGGCAAACAAAAGCAAACAAACAAACAGCCGUACACGUGACUAAUACUGUACAUUUACUUACGGAGGGCAGUGUACAUAGGUAUUAUAUUACAUUAAUAAGAGUAAACAGAGAAAUAUAUCAAUAAAAUACUCAAUUACUGUGUGUGUGUGUGUGUGUGUGUGUGUGUGUGUGUGUGUGUUUUCACGUACAUGGCUCUUCCGGGUCUUGUGUACCUGACCUGACCUCCCAGCCGCCUCCCUCUGAGCCCCGAGGUCACUGGCGGGUCAGCUCAGGUCAAGUGAGGUCAUUGGGUAAAAGAAAAAAGCUAUCUGCUCCCUCAUUGGUCGAGAGGUUCCGCUGUUGACCAAUCAUGUUAUUAUCCUUAGUGGAAGUUGUUAGGUUAGUUAGGUUAGGUUAGGUUAGGUUAGUUAGGUUAGGUUAGGUUAGGUUAGGUUAGGUUAGGUUAGGUUAGGUUAGGUUAGGUUAGGGUUAGGUUAGGUUAGGUUAGGUUAGACUAGGUUAGGUUAGGUUAGGUUAGGUUAGGUUAGGUUAGGUUAGGUUAGGUUAGGUUAGGUUAGGUUAGGGUUAGGUUAGGUUAGGUUAGGUUAGGUUAGGUUAGGUUUGGUUAGGUUAGGUUAGGUUAGGUUAGGUUAGGUUAGGUUAGGUUAGGUUAGGUUAGGUUAGGUUAGGUUAGGUUAGGUUAGGUUAGUAAUGUUUUCUUUUCUUAGGUGAUUUCCUUUGUGUAAUCCAUGUAUAAUUUGUAAUGUAAGUAAUUGUUAAGAGAUCCAUGAUGGCGUGGACACUUUGGAUGGACAGAAAUAUAAAUAAAUAAGUGAUAUGUCAUUUACA